AUGGAACACUCUCAAAAAAGGGGACUUGUCACUCAUUGGUACUGCCUUAGUAGCUUUGGUACGCAUCUUUCACCUGUGAGUGUACCUUUAAGGCUUAGGGUACAACCAUGGGGCAUCAUUUCUAAAAUGUUCAUAAAAUCAAAUUUGGACUUCAAUUUUAUGGAUUUGUUCUUAUGUUUUUUGUGCCCAUGCAGCAGUAUACUAGUGCAAUCUCACUUCUCAGGGACUUUCAGACUAACCAGUGUUACAGAAGCAGGAGUGAGUGAAUAAAUAUAUGAAAGUCCCAAUUUAAACAAUAGAUAGACAGAAACAAAGAUAGACGGAUGGAAAGACAAGGAAAGAAUGACAGACAGGUUGAAAGGAAGGAAGGAAGGAAGGAGGGAAUGUAGGUAGGUGGGUGGUUGGGUAGGUAGGUAGGUAGGUGGGUGGGUGGUUGGUUGGGUAGGUAGGUAGGUGGUUGGUUGGAAAAUAUAAGAGCAGGUACUCAUUUGUCACAUCCCUUUUGUUAUAUUUUGUUAUAUUAUAUUUUCAUAAUUACUGUAUUGUUUAAUUGUGGUAUUUUGUAUUUAUAUUUUAAUUUGAUAUAUUUACAUUUGAUGUAUUGUGUAUUAUGUAUAGAAAAAUCCAUUAUGUAUUUGAUGUAUUUCUGCCAUAUUCUCAUUUGUAAGUCGCUUUGGAUACAAGCAUCUGCUAAAUGAAUAAAUGUAAAUGCAAAUGUAUUCUUCUAAUGGGGCACUUAAAGCCUUCCUGCUCCCACUGUGGGUUAAACAUAGCUUGGCAUUUUGCAACAAAAUCCAUUAAUCAGCAUUUUAGUAUUUUAAUGCAAUUGUAAUGUAACUAUUUAUGUCCUCAAUGCAUUCAAGAGCUCAUUCUAUUGUUCAUGGUGUUACUAUAGCGAAUACUUUUGUUCAAAAUACCUCCUUAAAGAUUUUGAGAAACUGGAAUGAAACUGCAUAAGCAAUAAAGGAAGUUUUGUUUAUGUAUUUCUGGGUUGCAAUCUUCAGUGAGUCAAAGUGUGAGCAGCUGAAGUGACCUUGAAUGAUAUUCAGUUUUCACUUGCACAUGAGAAUCGAAAGAUUGUGUACCUCUCUUGAGGUGGCCUUUACUGGUGCCAUAGAGCUGCUUCUUUUUUCUCUCCCAGCGACAGAACACGUUAGGUCCAACACGGACAUUAUUUGCAGUAUAAGCCGACUUGUUUUUGAGUUAUUGAGGUUUGGAUUAUUCUCAUUCAGCUGAAGUGUGACUGGAACUAUAAGAACUCAAUGCUAAAUAUAACUUUGAUUAUUGUUGGUUGGGAUUUUCACCUCUGUAACAAUUUUUUUUUUUUUAAAUUAAGCCACACUGUUUCUUCUUUAUGGAUCCUGCUGAUGUGAAUAUUUUAGCAGUAUUCAUCAGAGUGUAAUGUGUUUAAUGUGAAUUGAUGCAGUACUGUUUCAGCUCAUUUGUUCCUCGGAAAAAAAAACAGAACCGCCCUUGUUCUUCUUCCUCUUUUUCCACGCAUCUUUUAGUAGUUGCUGUAUCAACACAUGAAUUCACAGUUUUAGUUUUUUCCUCGUACGCUCAAAGAUGAACAACCACACUGAGGCGUCUUGCCCUCCAGAAGCCCAGCACAUCAUCAUAACAGUCUUCCUGUGCUUGAGCUACACGAUAGGACUCCUUCUUAACGGCUUCAGCCUCUGGGUUUUCAUCUUCCGGAUAUCCAAAUGGAAUGCUGGCACAGUUUUGCAGUUCAACUUGGCAAUAAGUGAUGCACUCGCUGCUCCUGUCACCCCGCUGAUGGCAGCCUACUUUGUCAACGGGAACAACUGGGAGUUUGGCGACUUUCUGUGCGAGUUGAAGAUAGCCUUAAUCAGUGCUCACUUCUACGGCAGUAUCAUGUUCCUCACCCUCAUCAGCAUUCAUCGCUACGUGGUUGUGGUUCAAUUCAAACGUUCGUCACCGUUUAAACGGAAAGCCUUUGUGAAGAAACUGUGUUUUGGAGUUUGGUGUUUUUUGUUGGUUGGCGCCAUAGUGUACGGCGCUCUUCUGCCCGUUACCCAAGAAGACGGGCACAAACAAUGCCUUUCCAUACAUCAAUCCAAACUUACCAAUGUGUACUUCAUUAUCAACUUUGUGCUCUUUGUUUUUGGCUUUCUUGUGCCUUUCACAGUAUCUGUGGUUUGCUACAGCUGUCUGGCUCGAUCGGUAACCAAGGUAAAUGUCAACUCGCUGCAAGGUCAGUCAGUCAAGACAAAGUCACUAAGGAUGAUAGGACUAUGUCUAGUCAUCUUUGGAAUCUGCUUCCUCCCUCUCAAUGUUACCCGGACUAUUGGGGUUGUCAUUACAAAGUACUACCCUACACAAUGUAAGCUUCUGGUACGAGUGGAAACAGCAUACUAUUCAUCCUAUGUCUUGGCAGGAAUCAACUGUUGCUUGGACCCUCUUAUCUAUUUCUUUGGCUCACACAGUUUUAAUAAAGCGUUCCAAAGAUCUCUGAAAAUACCAAGAGGUCAACAGGAAAUAGACAACAAAACUGAAUCAGAGACAACAGGUUACAGUGCAACUAGAAAUGCUAUCUAUACAAUAUCAUCAGAAAUGGUGUUAUAGCAUUUCAGAGAUACAAAUCUUCUCUUUCUUAUUUCCAAAAGUAUUUUAAGGUAUGUUUGGUUGUUAUUUCUUUCUGUUGUUUUGUUCACUCCGAUUUCCUGUCAAAUAUUUUCUGUGAAGUAGUCAGAGAGGAACAAGAGUGCAAUGUCAAAAAUCUACUUCUGCAACUUUAGUAACACUGUUGAAAUCUUUUGGUUUGUUUUGUCAUGCUGGUAAAAAAAAAAAAAAAAACAGCAUGACAUCACAUUUUACCAUAGUGCAGUUAAGCUUUUAAGGACAAAUUGUAGCAUGAUAUUUGUAAUAUAAUUUAAUACAUGUAAUGCAGUGUGAAAUUAUGUAGACAAUGUACAUUGCCAGUCAAGUUUUUGAACACCCUUUAUUACCACUUUGGUUUAAGAAAUGGGUUCUAGUUAAAUACUCUGAAAAUAUAAUAUUUCUGUAAGAAGAGAAGAAUAUAUAUGUAGCUUACAGUCAUGGAGUACCUACUGUAAGUGCACUUGCUUUGAAUAAAGCUCUCGUUUAGUGUCUCAUUAGACGUGGAACAUCUCCUUAAAUACAAAGAUUUUACUUUCAGUAACUGCUUUAUCCUGGUUAGGGUUGAGGUGGAGCCGGUGCUGAUCCCGGGAACAGUAGGCAUAAGGUGAGAAUACAUCCUGAGUAGGAUGCCUGUUCAUCACAGAGCAGUAAGCACACACACAGUCACACACUUAUUCACACCUAAGGGGCAGUUUAGCAUAGGCAAUCCACCAACUGGUGGGAGGUACAUUUUUGGGAGGUGGAAAGAAAACUGGGGAACGUGGGGGAAGCUCAGCGGUCACCCAAAAGACAUGGGAA